AAAUGGGCUCAUGAGAUAGGUCCAAUGAGGCCCGUGUCAGCUAUAAAUUCAACUCAAAAAUGAAAUUCAGAAAAUCAUUUUCCCGCCGAAAUGUCAGAGAUCUUUCACUCACUUGUCUUGAACAAAAGGUUCGACGAUGCGACGCUGCGAGUAUUGGAAUCAGCGUUAGUUUCCAAGGACGUGAAGUCGUCGAUAGAGGUCAGGUCCGGCUUGAGGCAGUUCCUGGGGUCCGAAUCUCUCUCCGUUCUUCGAGAAAUUUCCGAGAAAAGUGCCGAGGAGAAGCUUCUGGUUCUUGAAUUUCUCGUUCGCUCCUUCGCACUUGUAGGUGAUGUUGAGAGUUGCUUGGCUUUGAGGUAUGAGGCUUUGCUUUUGCGGGACCUCAAGUCUGCGACUAAUCCAUGGCUGCAAGUUCCGUAUACAGAAUGGCUAAACUUUGCUCACCAGUCAAAAGAUAGUGGUUUCUAUUCUGUUGCAGGAAGGGCAUGUGAAAAUGCAUUGGUUUGCUUUAAGAGGAAAUGUGCUGAAGACCCAAAAACAGAUGAAGUUUACGUUAUGAAGAAAUCUACUGAAGAUGCAAAAGCAGAUGGAGUAUUUGAAAAUGUGCAAGUUAUUGAACAGAUAAAGAGACUCAAGGAUUGUGCCAUGGCAUCUGCUUCUUCCCACUCUGUUCAGGCGCAGACAGCAGACUACUUGAAAAAGAGACAAAAAGAAAAGAGCAUGGAUUGUUCUUCAGUUUGCAAGGACACAAAACCUGUAGCUAGCAUUUUGUUCAGAAACGGAAUAAAAAAGCGUAAUCUACGAAAAUUGAAUGAGAGUCGAAGCUUGUCCAGGAUGACUGAUGGAUCAAAGCCUAGUUUAAUUUGAGGUCAUUGCCAACAUCUUUGUGCUUAUGGAAUUUUAUUGAUUGCAUAUUGGAUGGGAACCCUGAAGUUCAAUAGUAAGAUGAAGACUAUAAUGAGAUGUGCUUGUGUGCAACAAAGAAAAGCCAAGCCAGUUGUGUUGGGUUGUCAUUUUCCGACAUAUAUAUUGAAACGGUCAAGUUAAGGUGGAUGUUAAAUCCCCUUGGUUGAGCCCAUAUUGUAGCUUUGUAGAACUUGACUGGAACAAGACUUUCAUACAUUUCAAACUUUGCUAGUCCAAUGCCGCCUGUAGCCAAGUACCAAAUUCGGUUCCUAAUUCUUACUUACCCAAUAUGAAGGGGAAAACUUGCAUGUUCCUAUCUCUCUCAUCACGUGACCAAUAUUCCUAUCUUACAGAUCACGUGAUGUGUGAGAUAAGAACAGAGUGGGAACCCCUUGAAGGGGAGUUUUUGUCCAUAGUAAGAAGAUGAAGACCAAAGUUAAAGCUAAAGAAUAUCAAACCAAAUGGGGGAAACAUUUUUCUUUUCUCAUUUCAAGAUCA